GCGCCGCAAUCUACGGUCAGUCCUCGCCGAGCUUUGUGCGACGACGCUCGCAUCCACCACCGCACACAGACGCUCCUAAAUAAAAACAUGACAUAAAACCCUUCGGAACAAAGUUCUAGUCACGCGAUAUAACAACCACUACAAACGUGUCAAGGACCCCCGUGUGUAACUCAAGGGUCAACGAACAAAUCGAUCGCCAAGCUUUCUAAGUUGUGGUAACCAUGCCGGCUGAAGCAGAAGCCAGGAUCGUACUUCGGGAUGUUACGCCGGAGAUAUCGCAGCACAUGCUCACAGACCUGGACAAGAUUCCAGGUGUGCAGCUCGGAGACUUUCUGCUGCAGUUCGAGCUGGAUGAGCCUCGAGAGUCGGUGCGGGAUAUAGCCAGGAAGGAGUUGAGAGAGACUCCUGAAAUUGUCAAACCUGCUGUCGAAGAACUUAAGAGACUGCUUGAAGAGGACAAAGACCUGUCAGUGCCGAUGGAUAGUGAGGCCUGGCUCAUCCGGUUCCUGAGGCCCUGCAAGUUCUACCCGGAGAGUGCUUACGACUUAAUCAAGCGUUACUACGGGUUCAAGUUGAAACACUCGAAGCACUACGACGGGCUGAUCCCCAGCAAGGAGACCAACGUGUUCAUCCAGAAUGUUCUCACCGUCCUACCCACGCGCGACCAGUACGGCCGGCGAGUUCUAGUACUCGAAUUAGGAAGGAAAUGGAAGCCGAGCAAAUGUUCUCUAGACGAGGUAUUCAAGGGCUGCGUGCUGUUCCUGGAGGCCGCCAUGUUGGAGCCAGAGACACAGAUCUGCGGCGCCGUCGUCAUCUUCGACAUGGACGGUCUAUCCAUGCAGCACGUGUUGCAGUUUACCCCCAGCUUUGCCAACAGAAUCGUCGACUGGCUACAGGAAGCUAUCCCACUCCGCAUCAAGGGGCUGUACAUCAUAAACCAGCCAUUUAUCUUCGAGAUGGUGUUCAAACUCUUCAAACCCUUCCUGAAGGAGAAGCUUCGUUCCCGUAUCGUGUUCAUGGGCAGCGAUAGGAAGAUGUUACAUGACUACAUCAGCCCCAAGUGCCUGCCUGACAAGUACGGCGGCACCCUCAGCAUUCCAAGCGUCACUGGAGGACAAUGGCUGGAACUACUCCUCAUGUGUGAUAAAGAAUUUAGUGCGAUCAACUCAUAUGGAUACAAGAAGAAGUGAGUCGCAGGUCGAGGGUGGUGUGGAUGAUAUUAUGCAAUGUGAUAUAAUGAAUACGCAUAUCGUGAUAAUGAUACUUACACUAGAAUUAGGAUAUGUACAAACCAUAAUUUAAGGCUUCAGCCAGCAUUUUCGUAUAUUUAUAAGAUGUAGGAAUAAAGUAGGGAAAAUGUAAACUUUACAUAAAAUUGUAAAAUAAAAAUUUUGGCUGAAAUUAUAAAUUUUUACUGUAAUGAGAUGCUUGUGCAGUUUGCAUAUGAGAUAUAAUAUUGUAUAGUUGGGUAUUCGGACCAAUCUCAGUUGAUUUUAAAAUACGUAUUUAUAUGUAAUAAUAAUCUUUGUAUAUUUGUGUAUUUACGCUAAAUCCUGCCUAAAGUUUUUAAUGGGUGAAGAAUGGAUUUUUGGGGAUAUUCUGUCCACACAUUGUUAAAAUGUAUUGUUGUACUAAACUUACAACUUAUAAAAUAUAUCAUAAAGCUAUAUAAAGGAAAAUUGCAGGCUGUGAUAUAUAAAAAUAUUUCAAAAACUCUUCAUUAAUAAAGUAACUAAAUUGGUAAGAAACAAAAAUAAUUGAACAUAAUAUGAAAGAACUAUGCCAUUAUGCCAAUAUUUUAUACUUGUGUUAUGCCAUACAAGCAAGAAUAAUCCAUGACAAAUACCAUACUAGACAGAUAGUACAUAAGUAGAUAAAUAUAACACCAUCAUUUUAGUAUAAACUAAAGGGAUAUUUGUAAUGUACGAUAAUAAUUAUAUUUUAUUCCUCUUUAAAGUAUUCAUAAUAAUUUAUCAGGCUUAGCUCCAAACAUGAGUGGGUACACCUGAUCAAGAAUUUUAAUAAAAAACUGUACUAAACUUGUAUACCAUUAUUAUAUCUUUUCAAAAAACUAUUUUGUAAUUGUUAUACUGUAUACUAUAAUUUAUAUAUAAAUUAAUAAUAUCGACACAUUUAAUAAUCUUAUUGAUAAUGGAGUAAAAAAUAAAACGAUUAUAAUUUAUAUUUAAAAAGUGGUUCCUUAUUUAAUAACACCAACCAUAAUUGUACUUUAUUUUCAAUAAUUAUAAGAAUAAAAACUUUCCUAGAUAUUCAA